CUUUGACCAACAGAGCGCGCAGUUUCCUCUCCGAGCACCUGAAGCAACCAGUUUGUUAUAAUAUUGUACUUUUCGCUUGUUUAUUUUUGACCUCUAGCGCUUAGUACAUUUCCUAUAUGGUUCUCCUUUAUUAACAGAUGUAAACGAAUGGCACAUAAUGGGUUUUCAUUGUAGAAGAAUAAUUCAACCGACGUAGAUCUUAAGUUUCGUUUCUUCCGUUGUCAACCGCUUCCGCAGAAACAGCUGCACUUGUUUCAUAAGAGGCAGUGUAGAUCAUAACUGAUCUCAUAUCUGCACAUCACCACAGAGCUCACGAUACCAGAGCUAAGAAACAUGAACAGGAAAAACAGAAAAAAACAGCUCUCUAAAGAUGAUUUGCGUGCCGUUGGAUUUGACUUUAUAGAAUUUCUGUCGGAAAGCGAAAGGAGAUCCAUUACUGAGAGAAGCGUUCUCAAAGACAUCUACAAUGAAGAGUUCCGACACAGGGAUGGAGUCAGAGACCCAAACUUCUCUUCAGUCCUCUUUGUAUUGAGAAACUGCGGCAAAGCGCGCAUCACAAGAUCAGGACAUGCUUACUUUAAUACUAAUGUCAGAGUGGUGCACGAUCAGUGGUCUAUACCCCGUCGCAGACAACAAAACCAAGCUACUCCCCCUCUGAGCAAUGGUAGCUCACCGCCACCCGCUAGUGCCCAGGUUCCUGACCCACCGUCAGUGCCAGGGCCAGAAGAUGGAGUCAGAGGAAGGAGAAAACUGUCAAAAGCCCUCCUCAAGAGAAUAAACACUACAGAAAGGUCUGUGUUUAUCGCUGAUAAAAGUGGGGUGCAGGUGUCCUCAGAGCUGCAGAUAGAGGAUGGCAUGAUUCAGCUAUUUGUGGAGAAGGCAGAAAUUCAUGAACUAAAGCUGUUUGUGGAGAACACGGGUCAGGAUGCCGUGUAUUUCACAUACUACACUGCUCUUCACUGGCUGCAGUAUUUCACUCUGGAAGACAGCAGAAGAGUCACACGUAACAAUCCACUCCGUCUGGAGCCAUGUGAGAAGUACGAGGUGACCUUAAGAUUCAAAGCAGAACAGAUAGGAGUCUAUCCUGCCACGCUGGCAUUUGAGUUCAAGGAAAACACCCAACCCACCACCCAUCCUUUCCACAUUGUUCGGUUCAUUCAGGCAGAAUACAGGUCCGAGCUUGCAGCUCUGCUGGGUCCAGAAGAACCAUUCAGACCUAAGAGGCUUGAGACAUAUGAACCUGCGAGGUGCAACAUAGAUGAGGGGGUUCCACCUGAGAGUUUUGCCCGAAACUUUUUGAAGUUUGUGGUGCCACUGGAUAACUACGCUCGUCCUUCUUACAUCUCUGACUUAGCCGAGUACCUAAAAGGCAGCCGUUCUUUCCCGAAGCUCCAGGAACAGAAGUCGCUGCUGGAGAGUGAUCUGGGUUUUCAUAACUAUAUGAAGCGCUUUGAUUUACUACUGUACCUGGAGGAAGAUCAAAUGCGUCUAGACAUCAAGAGGUAUAACAAAGAUGAUGUAUCCAUGGUGAAAGACUUUGAGAACAAACGACUGCUGGUCUUAGAGCUCCCUGGUGUAUCAGAGAACAGACCAUCAGUCCUGAGGGGAGAUCACCUGCUUCUCACCAAGAGUGAGGAGGUCCAACUCUCAUCUGUGACCAAAUACAAGGGCUACGUCCACAGAGUGGAACUGGAUCAGGUCAAACUGGGCUUCUCUCGAAGGCUGCUUGACGGUUUCAUAGAUAAUAUGAAAUUUCGUGUGGAGUUCACAGUGAAUCGUCUCCCGUUAAAACUGCAGCACAGAGCAGUAUACAUGGCGGUCCAACACGAGCUCGGAGAUGUGCUGUUCCCUGUGGGCUCAAGGAGCUUGAACCCUGCGUCUCCACCUGCACUGAGGCUAUUUGAUCAAAAGCUGGACAAGAACACUGAACAGAAAAAUGCAGUAUGUAACAUUGUGGCUGGUACGUCCAAGCCGGCACCGUACUUGGUGUUUGGACCUCCUGGCACUGGUAAAACCGUCACAAUAGUGGAGGCCAUCAAACAGGUGGAGAAGAAUAUACCUGGUGCCUGCAUCCUAGCUUGUGCUCCAUCUAACAGUGCAGCUGAUCAACUGUGUGAAAAGUUGAUCACUAGUGAACAUGUUGAUGCACGGAAGAUAUACAGAAUCUAUGCUAGCUCACGCAAUCCAAAAGAUAUCCCUAAAGUCCUAGAGAAAAACAGUAAUGUGGAGGGAAACACAAUUAUUUUCCCAUGUAAAGAGGAUCUAAUGUCCUACAAGAUCCUAGUCAGCACUCUGGUCACCGCUGGCAGGCUGGUCAGUGGGGGCUUUCCUGUGGGUCAUUUUUCACACAUCUUUGUGGAUGAGGCAGGACAUGCUGUGGAGCCAGAGGCCGUCAUCAGUGUGGCAGGACUGCUGAAUGCAGAGACUGGACAGCUUGUUUUGGCUGGGGAUCCCAAGCAGCUGGGGCCAGUCCUGAGAUCUCCUUUUGCCAUUAAAUACGGACUUGGUCUUUCUUUGUUGGAGAGGCUGAUGACACAGAACGAGCUUUACCAGAAAGGUACUACUGGAUACGACAACCAUUAUGUAACCAAGCUGCUGCAGAACUACAGGUCUCAUCCAUCCAUUCUGAAGAUUCCUAAUGAAUUGUUCUAUGAUGGGGAGUUGGUAGCAUGUGCAGAUGAGAUCAUCUCCCGCCAGUACUGCACCUGGGAGCACCUGCCAAAAAGUGGAUUUCCUGUGAUUUUCCAUGGAGUGAUUGGAAAGGAUGAGAGAGAGUCGAACAGCCCCUCCUUUUUCAACACUUCUGAAAUCGAUAUCAUUGUUGACUACCUGAAGAAGCUGCUCCUGACACAGGCCAAGAAGGGCAUUGCAAAAAUCUCCCCCAAAGAGAUUGGCAUUAUCGCCCCCUACAGGAAACAGGUGGAGAAAAUCAGGAAGGCCAUCAAGAUGCACAAGGAGCUUAAAUCCUGUUUGGGCAUUGAGGAGAUGAAGGUUGGCUCCGUGGAGGAGUUUCAAGGCCAGGAGAGGAAAGUGAUCAUUGUGUCAACUGUUCGCAGCGACAAGAAACACAUCAUUUUGGAUGAAACAUUCAACAUUGGGUUUCUGAAGAAUGAGAAGAGAUUCAAUGUGGCGGUGACGAGAGCAAAAUCCCUGCUCAUUAUGGUGGGUAACCCCAUCAUUCUACGGACUGACGCAACCUGGGGCAGGUUUAUUAAUUACUGCAUUGAGGAGGGAGGUUAUACUGGAUAUGAUAUUUCCAACUUGGAGGAAACAGAGGCGGUUAUUGAGCGCCUGCUCGCACUAAACAUCCAUGAGGAGAUCAUAGUGGAAACAGAGGAGAGUGUGGUCCAGCAAUAUCAGAAUCCUGAGUGGAGACAUGACCAUUAAAUGAAGUGCCAUUAUUAAAGUGCCUCCCAGUCAGGCCCUCUCAUUAGCAUAAACACACCCCUUCCUCUUGCUGAAGUUAGACUGGGAAAGUCUAAAUGAACUUAAAGUUAAUUUUAAAGCCAAAACUGCACUAUGAUAUAUACAUAUUGCAUUGAAGUAAAGGGGUAUUUUUUUUUUUUUUUAGAAAUCAGUGCUGCAUGACUAUAGAAAACAGAGAAAAGGAGCUGUGGCUUUCCCUUUUGCCAAAAAAUUUGAGAAACUUCAACACCCAUAAUACACUGAGCUCAUUGCUGUCCAAGGCAUGUGCAAGAAUGCAAAGAUGAAAAUAAAUAAACCGGGAGAUCUGGGUGCAGGUUACAUGGGGAAAGAAUACACAUUGUUCAUUUACAUAUAGAACUGAAAGUAUAAAAAUAUAAAUCUUAUUGAAAAAUUUCCAACUUGUCCUUUUAAUCUCAGGGCUUUGUAUGCAGUGUUGCCUAUAUUCAUUGAAAAGUUGUAUUAGAUGUUUUAAAGAAAAUGCAUUCAUCUGAUGUCAUGGACAGAUAAAACACGUUUGAUAAAUCACUGAUUACUGCCCUAAAAUAAGUGCCUUGUUUUAUAAAAUUGCCAAGCAUCAGAAAUGUUAUUUUAUUAAUGCUUAAUUUAUUGUGGUAAUGGUUUUGUUUGUGUCUGGAAAUUGCAAAUGGAGUUGGAGGUUUACAUCAGACAGUACAUUGUCAAAUACAUCAUUAAACAAUUGUGUACUUAAUUUCAAAGACUUUUGAAUGAAGUAAAUACAUUAUUGUAAAAUGGAGGAUGUUGAAUCACAAUUGAAUGCAAGAUCUGGAGACAUGUUAUUACUUCAGUCAAACCUGUUAACACACUCAGAAUUAGGCAUUACCAGUUUCUCACAGUCAGCAGACUUCAAAAUUUACUACAUGCCAUGACACAUAAUUUGAAAAGAAAAAGUAUAAUGUGUAUGUAUUGACCGUGAAACUGUAUUAUGCAUUAUUUAAUUGCUAAGGAAUUAUUUAGUUGUUUUUUCACUUGUAUUAUAUACAGUGUUAUCAUCCAAAAGUAAAACAUGAAAACAUGAUAUCAGAAUUUUGUUCUGCAUUUCUGUAGUAGAAUUCAUGGAAUGUGUCGCCACAUUAAAGGAGUAAUAAUAUAAUUACAGUAUUUUGUGAUUAAGCUAUAGUUUGUGCAUUUAUACUAAAUAUAUUAAAAUGAGAUUGUUAUAUUUUUA